AUGUCCUUACCCCGGUGUACCCUGUUGUGGGCUCGGCUCCCGGCAGGGCGCCAAGCUGGUCACCGGGCAACCGUCUGCUGUGCACUUCGCACCCACAUCGGACCUUUUGCUGGGGCUCUUGGGCGCGUUCCUGCCGUUGCCUCUGCCUCCUCCUCUGCCUCCGGUGGCUCUAAAGCCCCGAACACGUCCUUGUUCGUGCCGUUAACUGUGAAACCUCAGGGCCCCAGCGCGGAUGGUGAUGUCGGGGCAGAGCUGACCAGACCUCUGGACAAGAAUGAAGUAAAAAAGAUCUUAGACAAGUUUUACAAGAGGAAGGAAAUUCAGAAACUGGGUGCUGAUUAUGGACUUGAUGCUCGUCUCUUCCACCAAGCUUUCAUAAGCUUUCGAAAUUAUAUCAUGCAGUCUCAUUCCCUGGAUGUGGACGUUCACAUUGUUUUGAAUGAUAUUUGUUUCAGUGCAGCUCAUGUGGAUGAUUUAUUUCCAUUUUUCUUGAGACAUGCAAAACAGAUAUUUCCUGUGUUGGAGUGUAAGGAUGAUCUGCGUAAAAUCAGUGACUUAAGAAUACCACCAAACUGGUACCCAGAAGCCAGAGCCAUACGGCGGAAGAUAAUCUUCCAUUCGGGCCCCACAAACAGUGGAAAGACUUAUCAUGCAAUCCAGAAAUACUUGUCAGCAAAAUCUGGAGUGUAUUGUGGUCCUUUAAAAUUGCUAGCACAUGAGAUCUUUGAAAAGACUAAUACUGCUGGGGUGCCAUGUGACUUGGUAACAGGUGAAGAGCGUGUGACAGUAGAGCCAGAUGGGAAACAGGCUGCCCACGUGGCUUGUACUGUUGAAAUGUGCAGUGUUACAACUCCUUAUGAAGUGGCUGUGAUUGAUGAAAUUCAAAUGAUUAAAGAUCCAGCUAGAGGAUGGGCCUGGACCAGAGCACUUCUAGGACUCUGUGCUGGAGAAGUCCAUUUAUGUGGAGAAUCUGCUGCUAUUGACCUGGUCACUGAGCUCAUGUACACGACUGGGGAGGAGGUGGAGGUUCGGAACUAUGACAGGCUCACCCCCAUUUCUAUUCUGGAUCAUGCAUUAGAAUCUUUAGAUAAUCUUCGAUCUGGGGACUGUAUUGUGUGUUUUAGCAAGAAUGAUAUUUAUUCUGUGAGUCGCCAGAUUGAAAUUCGGGGAUUGGAAUCAGCUGUGAUAUAUGGCAGCCUCCCACCUGGGACCAAACUUGCUCAAGCCAAAAAGUUUAAUGAUCCCAAUGAUCCAUGCAAAAUCCUAGUAGCUACCGAUGCAAUUGGCAUGGGACUUAAUUUGAGCAUAAGAAGAAUUAUUUUUUAUUCUCUUAUAAAGCCCAGUAUUAAUGAAAAGGGAGAGAAAGAAAUAGAACCAAUCACCACCUCUCAAGCCCUGCAGAUUGCUGGUCGAGCUGGUAGAUUUGGCUCGAAAUUUAAAGAAGGAGAGGUUACAACAAUGAAUCGUGAAGACCUUAAUUUAUUGAAGGAAAUUUUGACUAGACCUGUGGAACCUAUAAGGGCAGCCGGUCUUCAUCCAACUGCUGAACAGAUUGAAAUGUUUGCUUACCAUCUCCCUGAUACAACACUUUCUAAUCUCAUUUUUGCCAGGCAGUAUAGCAGGAAUGAGCCUCUGACCUUUGCAUGGUUACGGCGAUACAUUAAAUGGCCAUUACUGCCACCUAAAAAUAUUAAAGACCUCAUGGAUCUCGAGGCUGUCCACGAUGUCUUGGAUCUCUACCUGUGGCUAAGCUACCGAUUCAUGGAUAUGUUUCCAGAUGCCAGCCUUAUUCGAGAUCUCCAGAAAGAACUAGAUGGCAUUAUCCAAGAUGGUGUACACAACAUCACCAGAUUGAUUAAAAUUUCUGAGACACAUAAGCUGUUGCAUUUGGAGAGCUUACCAGCCGGGAGCCAAUCCCAUCUGUCAGGAACCUUAAAGAGCCAAGCUAGAAGAAUGCGUGGCACGAAGACUUCAGGGAGCAAAGCUGCUGAGCUACACAGCUCUGAGGCAGGAGAGAAAUCCCUGGCUUCCAGACUGGUGCAGCAGGGACUCCUCACUCCAGACAUGCUGAAACAGCUGGAAAAAGAGUGGUUGACACAGCGAACUGAACAGAGCAAGGAAAGAACAGGAUCUGGGAGUUACUCAAAAGGGACAAGGAGAAAGAAGAAGGAACCUGACUUGGAUUAG